ACGCGAUGCGUCAUUCUCUCGCUCUGUUCUUCUUGUGCCUCUGCGACGACACAACCAACACCUCCUCCACGCUCACGCACCAGGUCAACAACGCCUUGCUCGCUUGACUAAGGAUUGAAAGACUGAGGGAAUUGAAUCAGCCCAUCUCACAGCACUCAGCAGAGCCCAACAACAACAACAACAACAACCAUGUCGUACCACAAACUCGAUCGCUACCAAGGCCGAGAUGGCGACAGCGAGUACUUGCGCUUGACGCGCCAGAUCCCCAACAACAUUGUCAACAUCAGCCGAAACACCAAGCAGCUGCAGAAGAUUGUCAAAGUGAUUGGCACGCCAAAGGAAUCGCAACAGUCCAUGGGGCAGAUUCGCCAUAUUGUCAGAGACACAAACUCGCUCAUCAAAAUGACAAAACAAAUGGUAUCCGACGUAAGCACGCUCACACAGAGUGCGGAGAACCAGAGCGUGGAGCAAGUGCACGAAAUCUUCCAGGACGUGGCCGUGAUGGUUCAGGACCAGGGCGAAGUGCUCGAGAACAUUGAGGCGAACAUGCAGGUGACAUACGACCGCGUCGACCGCGGUGUCGGCGAGCUCACACACGCGUCCAGAUACCAGAAAUCUGCACGCAACAAGGCCAUGUGUCUGCUGGUGAUUGUCGUCAUUGUUGCCGGCAUCCUGGCAGCCAUCCUCGUGCCCACACUCAAGAAGAAGUGAAGCAAUCGCUGCCCUGCUCAUCAAUCGUGUCGGCAUCAAUCAUCAGUCAUCAGCACCACCACCAUCAUCAUCCAUCAUUGCCAUCAUCAAUCAGCACCCCGACGCACGCUGUUCCACUGGCACCACCACCACGCCGCGAGCUGUUCUGUCCACGCUACUCGUGCCAUUCUGUUCCCGUGUUGCCGUUGUCAUCGUGCCCUCCUCCCCAUCAUGCUCCUUGCAGCCUUUCCAGCACCCACCUUUCUCCGUUCCGACUGGUGUCAUGCUGCUUCCACACUUUUCGAACCAGUAGCUGCCGCACAGCGUGCACACGCACCCGCGUUUCCAUGUUGCUUUGCGUUUACUUGUGUGCGUGCUCUGUUGGUAUCAAACCUCGAACUAAACUCAACCACUCGUGCA